GUUUUGACAAGUAGAAUGUCAAAAUGGAAUUAAUUAACUUCCUUUUAUUUAAUAAUUGCUCCAAUUUGUGAGUUUUUUAUAUAAAAAAUGUCAUAAAGUCGUCUUACGGCACGCCGCUUAUUAUCCGCCUCAAGUAAAGCUCAAAAUGUAUCGCAAAAAACGAAAAUCCGUACGAAAUUAACGAUGUUUAAUUAUUUAUUUCUCUUUGUAAGUUGUUACAUUCUCUUAAUUGCUUGCGACAAUGCGAGGGACAAUUUGGAAUCUCCCGUCUGCUGUAACUUAACGUCGUCGAAGAGUGUCGAGGUGAAUUACCAAUCGAAGAUAGUAGAGAAUGAGUACAUCGUUACGUUUAAUGGGUAUUACAAGAAUAAUGCACGAGCCAGCUACGUUAACGCUGCCCUAAAUUCAUCGGGCGUCAGCCACUGGCGCAUUUUAGCGCGUGAAAAUCCGGCGAGCGAUUAUCCCAGCGAUUUUGAUGUGGUUGCCCUGGGGGAUGUCGACAUUGCAGCCGGAGUCGAGGCACUGCGCCGGCAUCCUAGUGUGAAAGGUGUAACAGCGCAACGAAUGGUUUUACGCACUUUAAAGCUGAUUGAUACGCACGAACAAGUUCAGCCUGUGAAUUGCGUGGGCGCCGGUUGCACCGGGUGGAGGCUUCGUCGCAUUCAGAACAGUCAGUUUUGGCAAGCAACUGGUAGGCAUACCAGUAGGCGACUGUUAAGAGCGAUUCCGAGGCAGAUUACUUCUGUGUUGCAAGCGGACGCAUUGUGGAACAUGGGGAUCACUGGAAAGGGGAUUAAGGUCGCCGUGUUCGAUACAGGCCUAUCAAAGAAUCACCCACACUUUCGAAAGGUAAAGGAGCGCACGAAUUGGACCAACGAAAAGACAUUGGAUGACGGUUUGGGCCACGGGACUUUCGUUGCCGGAAUAAUCGCGUCCAGUAAGGAUUGUUUGGGUUUCGCCCCCGAUUCGGAGCUGCACAUUUUUCGCGUGUUUACAAAUAAUCAAGUUUCCUACACCUCCUGGUUUCUGGACGCGUUUAAUUAUGCGAUUUUGAAGAAGAUUAACGUACUUAAUUUGAGUAUAGGUGGACCCGACUUUAAAGACCAUCCCUUUGUAGACAAAGUUUGGGAGCUUACCGCCAAUCGGGUGAUAAUGGUGUCUGCAAUUGGAAAUGACGGUCCUUUGUAUGGCACGUUAAAUAACCCGGCGGACCAGAUGGACGUGAUCGGUGUUGGCGGGAUUAAUUUUGAAGAUCAAAUUGCAAAAUUUUCAUCGCGCGGUAUGACCACCUGGGAGUUGCCUCAAGGAUACGGUAGAGUGAAGCCAGAUAUUGUCACAUACGGAGCGGCAGUUCGUGGCUCUAACAUUAAUAACGGCUGUCGCUCGUUGUCGGGCACAAGUGUUGCUUCACCUGUAGUUGCCGGAGCUGUUACUCUUUUGGCUAGCGGGGUGUUGCAUAGAAGUGAAGUAAUUAAUCCGGCAAGUAUGAAACAGGCAUUAAUGGCUUCAGCUCGGCGCCUUCCAGGUGUGAAUAUGUUUGAGCAGGGUCAUGGCAAGCUUAAUCUCAUCAAAGCGUAUCAGAUUCUAAGCAGUUACAAACCUCAGGCCAGUUUAAGUCCGAGCUAUAUAGACUUAAGUGAGUGUCCGUAUAUGUGGCCUUACUGUACACAGCCAUUAUACUACGGUGGGUUACCCGUGAUCGUCAAUGUGACCAUUCUGAAUGGACUUGAUGUGUCGGGGCAUGUGGUGGGAAAACCGCAAUGGCACCCGUACAGCCCACAGCAGGGCCAGCUGCUGGAUGUCGCAAUAUCGUACUCUGAGUUUCUGUGGCCGUGGUCGGGAUGGCUUGCGGUCAGUUUUUCUGUAAGCACAGAAGGUGCCACUUAUGACGGUUUUGCGCAAGGUCAUAUUACUUUAACAAUAGAAUCGCCACCGGCCAGUGGGGAGGAAGAACCAAGACAGAGUACUGUUACGUUACCCAUUAGAGCGAAAAUUAUUCCAACUCCACCUCGUCACAAACGAAUUUUAUGGGAUCAAUACCAUAACCUCCGCUAUCCACCAGGCUAUUUCCCACGGGACAAUUUGAAAAUAAAAACGAACCCUCUGGAUUGGAACGGUGACCACAUUCACACAAACUUCAAGGAUAUGUACCAAAACUUACGAAACGCAGGUUACUACAUUGAAGUUUUAGGCACCCCUUUCACCUGUUUCGACGCCUCCCACUAUGGAACCCUAUUAAUCGUCGACUCUGAAGAAGAGUUUUUCCCAGAGGAGGUGGCCAAGCUGAAGCGCGAUGUUGAUGCCGGUCUAUCUGUCAUAAUCUUCGCCGACUGGUUUAACGUGACUGUGAUGAAGAAAGCGAAAUUCUACGACGAGAACACGCGCCAGUGGUGGAUGCCCGAUACCGGAGGCGCCAACGUUCCCGCGCUUAACGACCUUCUAGCCUCUUGGGGGAUAGAAUUCGGCGAUCGGGUGUUCGAGGGCGAAUUUAAGUUGGGCGAUCACGAGAUGUACUACGCUUCGGGAACGAACAUCGCCAAGUUUCCAGAGAAUGGUUUGUUGAUCGGACGCGAUUUAAGGGACCAAGCAUAUCAAGUUAUGGGUAUAACGAGUGGUGCAAACGAAAAAUUUCUGGUGCCGAUUUUAGGAUUUUUACAGACGAAAUCGAACGAUAAAGGCGGUCGAAUUGUCGUUUACGGUGACUCCAACUGUUUAGACAUGAAUCACUUGGAGAAGGCUUGCUAUUGGAUGCUCGAUGCGAUUUUGGAGUACACGUCCACCUCGCAUUUACCCUCGAUCUUUAAGCAGAACGAAAUUUUGGACCGUUCCAUGCAAGUUCGAACAGAGGUUCCUCAGCGCAUGGAAGGCAAUCGUUUGUAUCGGUACUCGAAGGUGUUGGAAAAACACUUCGGCGGUGACCAAGCUCGCGAACUGCCUCAAUGUCCGCAUCUAAUCUGGUCCCAGCCAGUGCCUUUGAACGUAUCCGCCACCACCAACUUAUAUCAACCUCAGAAACUGCUAGCAAUAAGUGACGAGAUCGUUCCUAUACUCCAUAUCGAAAAUGAGUUGAAAGAUACGAACUAUUUGGAUUCGAAUUUUGACGACGCGUUCGGAUGGCGUAACAAACAGCCGGCGGCGGCGGCGAUUUUAGAAUCCGAAAGCUCUCUGUACGUCACAAAUAUCGUAUUAGUUAUCGUGAUAGGGUUUAUUCUAUACGUUUUAGCUAAGUGGUAUUGUAAAGUGCUAAAGCCGAAAAGGCGAAAGUCGUGUAUGCGAAAGGUUUUCUUUUAAAACGAGUGCCUAUUAUUUAUUUCGACGUAAAUAUUUGUGAUAGAUUUGCUUAAUUUUAGUCUCACGUGAUUUAUUAAAUACCUGUGGUGUUAUUGUUGAAUUUAUACAUCGAGAUUAUAUUUUCUGUACAUAUUUAUUUCUAUAUAGUUUAUUUGUAAAUUAUGUUAACCGUAUUGUAUUUCGACAAUUACUAACGAAUUUCUCAUGUAAGCACAUAUCGUUCCAAUCGUAGCGAGGCGAGUACAAUUGUUUAAGUAUAGACUUGUUAGUGACCGAACGUGAAAUUUGUCAUUAUGCUUUGACAUACUGAAACACUAAAAAUGAUCUCCUAAUGAAGGCUUUUUAUAUACUUGAUCAUGCAAUCGAUAUAUAGAUACUAAGA